AUUUCCAUGGUAACUCUUCAGUAAGCAAGAUUUCUCCCCUCUGGAGAAAAAACAUUAUUCCAAAGCAUGUACAGAGAAUUAAGUUUGGAGGUAAGGAGCAUGUAAAGUACUGGAGGUCAGUGGGCUGAGGUGUGAGUUAAUGUUGUAGGGAGUGACUGUUUUCAGAAAUGGGUUCAUACGCAGUUGGCUGACCUGGUUUGUGAGGAGGAGGUUUGCUGCAUGGUGUCCAAACAGCACUGGAAUUAGCAAAUUGCUUCUGAUAAAUGGGUGUCAUUGAUCUUAGCCACAAUAAAUCAGGAAAAAAAAAAUUGCCUGGCUUUUUUCUUUCCCUCCCCUCACCUGAAGUAUGUUGGGGACAGCUUCUGUGGUAUUGGGGGCUGUGCUCUGAGGUGGCACUGGGUGCCAUGCUUCCUGAAAUGGGAGGCAGCAGCUCUGAAAUCUGCCCUGAACCCACCUUGAGCUCCAGAGCCCCAGUGAAUCACCAAAAUACACACUUUAAGACUUGUUCUGGUAACUCGUGCUUCUCUGUGGGACCUUGAUGAUGCACUUGCAGUGUCUGACAUUUUGAAAAUUCAGGAAUGGGGGCAGUGUGUUGCUCAGGCAUAAUCAACUUGUUGACAAACUUCAGGUGUGCAGGCUUGUGGUCUUUCUCCCAAGGUACUGGGAAAAUGAGACAGUUGUUCUUGCCCUUCUGGUGAAUGUUCUGGGUUGUUUUCUCCACUCUGUGGUUUUGUUAUGCUGAGGAUGGCUGGCAUGACUUGCCGGGGAAUAGAGAUUAUUCUGAAACAACCUGCAAACACCUUUGAGUCUGUAGGAAAAAACCCAGCUUCUGUGACCCAGCACCUGCAGUUUGCAAGUCACGCACGCUAUAAGGGACAGCUGCGUGGGUGGGUCUUGUUUAUUCCUGCUUGGAAACCUUGCAAUGCGGCUCACAAUGCUGCUGCUCGGUGCGGGUGGGAACUCCGCAGAGGGAGGUGGGUGUGGGUGCAGGCAGGGACUGCUUGGGUGAGGGGCAAAGGUGCCUCUUUUGCUUUGUGUCUGUCUUGAAAGGUAAUGAGGUGCCACGCAACAGAAGCGUGUAGCUGCUUGCUGUGUUAGUGAAGCUAAGCAUGCCCGGCUGGGCAGAGGGCUUUCUGCAGCAGUGGAUGGAUGGUGGGGGCACAAGCACCCCGACUGCCCUGCUGCGAGGCCACUGGGCUGUUGUGGCUGAGCUGGUGGCUGGGGCUUGCUGUGGGGACUGGAGGGAGCUGAAGCAUGUGCAUUGGUCCGGAGGGGACAGAUAAAAAUAUCUCAAGGGCCAGUGUCAGGGGGCCGGGGCCAGGGCCGGGCUCUUGUCAGCGGUGCCUAGCGACAGGACAAGGGGCAACGGGCACAAACUGCAGCACAGGGAGCUCCGUGGGGAGAGCAGGAAAAACUUCUUUCCCUUGAGGGUGCCGGAGCACGGGGACAGGCUGCCCAGAGAGGCUGUGCAGUCUCCUCUGGGGACGUCCAGAGCCCACCUGGAUGUGAUCCUGUGCAGCUGCUGUAGGAGAGCCUGCUUGAGCAGGGGUGUGUGGGAGUGGAGGACAGAGAGUGUCUGAAGAGAGAUGUAUGAGAGGAGAAUAGAGAACGUCAGCUCUGGCAGGAGCUGAGAGAACAGCUGGCUCUUGUGCAGGAAAGUAAGGAAGAUGAAGGCGGUGAUGUAGCAGUGCCAAGGCGCCUGCAGGCCUGCAGUGCUCCAGAGCUGUGGAACUGCACCAGGGGUUUCUGCCCUGAGCCCCGUGGUACACACAGCUGGGAUGUGUAUCCGGGCUCAGAGGUGUAAAUAUGGGCUUCUCUGUAGAAUAAAGCGUCUCUGCCUGCACCACAGCCGCAGCCCGGGCCUUCAUACGCUGCAAAAUGGCGUCCCACAGUGGGGUUUGAGUAGGAGGCUCACGGAGCCCGAACUGGUGGCAUAGCCGGGCUGAACCAGCAUCCGUGGAAAAUUUUGUGCACCCUGAUGCCGAAAAACCUCAGAAUGAAGAAAACUGCUAAGAGACUUUCUGUACUUUUAGCAGGAAGGUAUUUAUUAUCUCCUCAGGGGAGGAGGUGGUUCGCACCACACAAACUCGCUCCAAAGCAGAGGUGCGAAACAGGGUAAUUUAUACAUUUAACAUACGUGAUUGCAACAUCUCUUCGUACAUUAUUCAUGUGAUAACAACAUCUCAUUGCAUAUUAAUGAUAGGUGGAGUCUAGGCAGAGCCUGGGCAGCGUUUAAGCAGAGUCUUCUCUUGGCAUCAAUUUUGAGAGGGUUGUUCCGGCCUUCGGCCCCGCUCAGGUGGUCUUCCUCAGAGUUGAAUCUUUCAGCUUUCUUUCAUAAGUGACCCUGCCAGGAUCCUUUACAUAAAUCUCUGCUUGCUACCAUUUUCUUCUAUUGGUGUGUCUACCUAAUUUAUGAUUUCUAGUACCUGGUACGGUAAUUUCCAACAAUGGCUUAGGCCUGGGUACAGUGAGCAAGAACAGAGUGAUUCGGCGCUACACGCUGCGGUUCCUCAGGAACCAAGCUGAGCAAUUUGCAAGGCAGAAUGGGGCUUUUUCAGACCUGAGACUCAUCUCAGGUGGAUCUUUAGGAUUUUAGGCCUUAUUCCUUUUUAAUAAUCAGUAACGGUGAAAUGCUAAUGAGUCAGCCUCGUGGAUUAGUUUUUUAAGCUGGAUUUGGUCUCAUAAGCCACCCUCGCCCACAACAAAGUGGCUGCCUCAGCAUCUUCGGUACCAUACUUCUGGUUUGGCACCGUUUGAAAUUUACCCUGCCACAGAGCUGCCCCUUCCUUCUGAGAACAGCCAUGGCCUAAAUGAAGAAAAGAAAAUUAAUUUGGAGUUUGACAGGCUUCAGCACUUUUCAGAGUCAAAGAUGAAAGCUGAUGUGGGAUCAGCACCUGAGGUCUUUGGAGAGAAGAACAUGGUUCAAGACCCAAAAAGGGCUACAGCACCCAACUCAUUAAGUCCACUACUGCAAUACCCUGUGGAAGUCACUCCAGGAUACGGACGGGGAUUUCACUGCUGCCCCAUCCCUACCAUAGCUAAAGCAAAGCCCAAGCCUCUGGGAAACCACUGCGCUUUCCCCAUCGCCUUCGGAAGGACAGCGUCCAACAGUGAUGUCAACAGAAACAAAGGGAAUGUGUGAUGUCACAGCCUGGUUGCGCUGUGACCCUGGUUGCGGCAGGGAAGUGCGUUGCCUUUGGUGAGAACGCAAGAGUAGGGAAGGCGUCCUGUGGUGUCUGCAGGAGCACCACUGCUCUGAACGUUGUCGAAGUGUGUCGGUCCAGGACUGGGAUUGAAAUGCUGUGCUUCACCCUCCUCUGUUUCGCUUUUCUGAUCGGCAGCAUCAAUGCAGAGUGUGGCCUCCGACCAUCUUACGAGCCCUUUCGGGACACUGGCAAGAUGAUCGCGGCAAGGAGAUACGCCAAGGCUGGGGAGUUCCCAUGGCAUGUGAGCAUCCAGAGCAAGGGGAAACAUAUCUGUGGAGGCACCAUCAUCAGCAGAUCGUGGAUAUUAACUGCUGCCCAUUGCUUUGGAGAAGAGGUGCCACCAGACCUGACCGUCGCAAUGGGGGGAAAUGACCUCAGCCUCCCGCUGGAAGAACAUAAACCGGAGAGCCUGAUCAUCCACGAAGGAUUUGACAAUACGAGCAUGGAAAAUGAUAUCGCUCUGAUCCUGCUCAGCUUUCCCAUCCAGUUCAGCAAUAAGAAAAUACCCAUCUGCUUGCCCUUCAUGUACAACAACGAUAUGUGGCAACACUGCUGGGUUGCUGGGUGGGGAACCCCAAGCAACUCCAAGACAGCAGCUGCGGAGGCACCAACCCACGUGCUGCAGAAAGCGCGGAUGAAGCUUGUCAGCAGGGAGCAGUGCUUGGAGCGGAUCCCACCGCUAAUGGAGAACGUGCUGUGUGCUGAGCUGGAGAAAGGAGAAAGAGGUCCCUGCCAGGUCAACAGCGGGGGACCUCUGGUUUGCAGCUACUGGAGCACCAUGAAGUGGUUUCAGGUCGGCAUCGUCAGCUGGGGAGAAGAUUGCGCAGUAAAGCCAAACCCUCAGAUCUUAGUGUCAGUUUACAGCUAUCGUGACUGGAUCGAGAAGGAGACAGCCAGAAGAGGGAAACCUUUCUUCACUGAAGGCAUGGAUAACCAUGCAAAUGCCAUGCUGAUUCCUUCCGGGGCUGGCACGCAGCUGGCAUUCCUUGAGUUUUGUCUCCUUUUAUUUAUCUCUUUAGGAGCAAUUAGAUUACUGUAGAGGAGAUUUCCCCAAACAUAAUAAAAGUCAGAACUAC